AUGAAAUACAUUAUCCUCGAGUUACUAUUCUUAACUUGAGUAAUCUGAGCAACUUACCCAGCCACAUCCGCAGUGGUAGGCCAAGAGAUAGACCCAUCACUAAAUUGUCAUCUCUACUCUGAGUUCAAGGCUGCUUGUCUCUCCUCAGAGCUAAGCACAGAUGAAGAAACAUGUAAAUGUCAUGAGGAGUGCGAAGCACUUUGAGGACUAUCUCAAAAAUGAGAUUAUACUAAUGGAGUAGCUUGCUGAUAUGAAUAUGGCAAUGGGGUAGUUGAGUGACAGGAAGGUUGAGAUGAUGGCAAUUUAGUAGAUGAAGACGGAUGUAAUAGUAAUAUGGUUAUAGAGGCAGGGUUUGAAUGAGAGGGUGAUAAUCCUACUACAUGAGAUCUAAAAUCUAACAGUUUAUGACCUAAUGGGAAAACUGAGUCAGAAGAGGAAUGAGAUGAUGGUAAUUCCACUGAUGGAGAUGGAUGAUCCAAAAACUGUAAGAUUGAAUCUGGAUAUCAAUGAUUUGGUCUUACUUCUUCAUGAAACCUCAUCUGUUCCAACUCUGUUAUUGAUUCUCAAGAGCAAUGAGAUGACGGAAAUACUAUCGAUGAUGAUGGAUGAAGCAGCACAUGACAAGUCGAGUCUGGAUGGGAGUGAGACACAUCAGUAUCCCCAACCACUUGAAAUAGGAUAUGAUCGAAUGGAAAGAUUGACUCUGGAGAGAAUUGUGAUGAUACAAACUUAUCAGACUCUGAUGGCUGAAGUAGUACUUGACAAAUUGAAUCAAACUAUGAAUGUAGCGGAGUUCCUUCAACAUGCAAUCUCAUCUGAUCAAAUUCAGUCAUUGACUCAGGAGAACAAUGAGAUGAUGGAGGCACUCAGAGCGGUGACGGGUGAGAUAACAAUUGUCAGAUUGAACCUGGAUAUGAGUGUAACGACACUCCUUCAAACUGCAAUCUGAUCUGAUCAAACACUGUCAUUGACUCAGGAGAACAGUGAGAUGAUGGAAAUAUUGCAGAUGGAGAUGGUUGAAGCAAUACUUGAUUGAUUGAGGCCGACUAUGAAUGCAGCGGAGCUCCUUCAACGUGUAACCUCAUAUGCAGCAAUGGUAAUAACGAUGUUGGUGAACAGUGAGACGAUGGUAAUACUAGCAAUGGUGAUGGCUGAUCAAGCUCUUGCCAGAUCGAAUCAGGUUAUGAGUGAGAUAAUGAGGUAACCCCAAACACAUGAAACCUCAUCUGAACAAAUGGAAUCAUUGAUUCAGGUGAAGCAUGCGAUGACCAGAACAUAAUUGAUGGAGAUGGUUGCAACCACAGCUGACAAGUCGAAGCCGGCUGGGAGUGAUUAAACCAGCCAUCCAAGUGCAACCUCGUUUGAACCAACGGUAGAAUUGACACUGGUGAAACCUGUGAUGAUCAAAAUAGUAUCGAUGGUGAUGGCUGAGAUAAUGCUUGCCAAGUUGAGCCAGACUGGGAGUGCUUUGGAGAGCCUUCUCAAUGAAGUCUCAAAUGAGUGAAUGGUAAACUCGAUGACUCGGAGCAGUGAGACGACAACAACCUUACAGGUAGUGAUGGAUGUUCAGCGCUGUGUAAAAUUGAGACUGGGUAUGAAUGCACUGGAGAGCCUUCAGUGUGAACUCCAAUAUGAGGUGAUGGAGCCAUUCUUGGAACAGAACAGUGUGACGAUGCCAACACAAUAAACAAAGAUGGUUGAUCAGAUCAAUGCAAACAAGAAGACUUCCACACUUGCUUGGGCGAACCCUCAGUGUGUAACAAAACAGCAACGCCUGUUUUUGCCACUUCAGAAGCUGCAGCUGGAACGAGCUUCCAAGCUGGGAUAGGAUCUAGUGUAGCGCUGGGUAGUGUUGCAUCGAUGUUCUUGAACAUUCCCACCGAUGGAAUCUGGACUCUGAUCAAUGCUUUACAAAUUCUACACUACAUGCCAAUGUUGAAACUGUAUUUCCCACAGAACAUCCUGAAAAUGUUCUCGUUCACAGGUAUGGUUAAUAUGGAAAACCAAAUGCUUUCAAAUAUUUUUCUACUACAUGUGGAUACCAACCAAAUUAAUGACAAAGGCCCACUUGAUUACAGGUUUGAAAAUCAAGGUUACGAAUCUACUAGCAUCUUGCUCAACAGUGCAGACUCGUUUGCAUUUCUGACACUGCUCACAUCGUACUACGUUUGAGUGCUGAUUCUAUACUUUGUCAUGAACUGUUUUCAAGUAGGACAGUGGAACAAAGAUAAAACAAGUUGAAUAACCCUAAAAUUAUGGAAAUUCGUGAGUUCAGUCAAAGAAAAGCUCUUUGUUAAUACUUUGUUUCGGAUCUUGUUCGAAAUCUUUCUAGACAUGUUCUUUUGAAGUGUUCUCAAUUUAGCAUAUCUUCAAUAUUCGAGCAGCAUGGAUAUAUACUCAAGCGGCCUUUCAUUAGUAUGCAUUCUUGCAAUGAUUUCAUUUGCACUGGUGGCAUGUGCUUUGUGUUUGAUCAGGAUAUUCGCUCCAAACAAACUCACACCUUGAAGUGACGACAUUAUCAUGCCUCACAAAAGCUUGGAUGUUUUGUUUGAAAACUUCAAUCCUGAAAAGAAAUAUGCUCCACUGUUUCACAUCAUAUUUCUAGUUCAGAGAAUGGUACUUGGGGCAGUGAUUGUAUUGGUGAGGUUCUCAGGGAUGGUCCAGGUUGUGGCAUGUGCUUUUAUGUCUCUCUUAAAAAUACUGUUUCUGUUGAUUAUCAGACCGUUUACAAACCCAUACUUAAAUUUUCAAGAGGUAUACUCCGAAUUCGUGUUGAUGCUAACUAGUCUAUUCUUUAUGCAUUUCAAAGACAUUUCUACUGAGUUUGCAAAGACUGGACCACCAAUGAUGACUGGGUAUGCAUGAAUACUAUUACUGAUAUCUAUCUUGAUUGUUCAUUACAUUUUAAUGCUAAUUCAAGUAUGCUCAAAGUUCAAAAAGAACUCUAACAAAGUUCGUGAUGACUCUGUGUUUGCAGUUUCAAAGAAUUCAGUAAUCAGAGACUUUAUGAGUAAUAAAGGAACCAACGAAGCAAGCAGUACAAGUGUGGUAACAAGAAGCAAUUUACCAAUCCAUCGGAUGUGGAUUGGAAGCAACAAUGGGAUAGGAUCAAACAUUAAUCCACAAAAAGAGGAGCGAAAAUACUCUCAAGACGAUUUACAAGUCAAAGAAAUUACAAUAUCAGACCUAAGAAACGUCUAAUCUCUCUUUUAAAUCCAAUCUUCAACCAUAA